GGAGCGUCACGUGCGCUGUGCUGUGAUCGGCGCAGUUGGCUGUCAGCCGGGCACCGGCGGGCGCGGCGUCGCGCGAGCCUACCGUUCCAGAGGUCGCGUCACGGGCCAUCUCCGGCGGCCGGUCUUUGCGCCAUGAAAAGCUGCGAGUUUCGCCUACCGUGGCUCCGGCGGAGUCCGCAGCCGCUGGAGCACACGAUCCCCAUCCGGUUGGAGCGCGGCGCGGCGCCGCAGCCAGUCAACGGCACCGGCCCGCCGCCGGCCGAACGGCGCCAGCCGGGCCACGAGCGACGCGAGCCGCCGUCCGACCGCUGGAAGGCGACGCCGGAGCGGCGCGAGCCGCCGCCGGACCGGUGGCAGCCGGCGCCCGCCGAUCGGCGCCAGCCGCCGCCCAUCUCGCCCGUCGAUCUGCUUGCCUCGCCCGAUGGCGACAAGUCGCUCGAGGAGCUGGUCAAGAACUUCGUGCAGGAAGACAAGGCGCGCCGCGGCGGCCCCGGCUCGCCGAACUCGCCGCCGGCCGGCUACCAGACGCUGCCGGCCGGCCGGGCAACGGCGGCGGCGGCGGCGGCAGCGGACGCGCAGCAGCGGCCGUACCGCGGCGCCAAGACGGCGCCCGGCCGGCUCGCCUCGGGCGUCAAUUCGCGCCUGCAGGUCAGCGCCAACGGGCAGACGCGCGUGCUGGAGGUGUCGGCCGACGAGCCGGAUGACGGUACGGCCACCUGGCCGCUGAAGGCACGCGGCCGGCCGCAGAUCCAUACGCCGGUGCCGCCGCCGGAGCCGUCGGUGGCCGCCGCCGAGCGCGCCGCCGACGCGGCGCUGGCCCAGGUGCGCCAGGAGGAGGCGCGGCUGCGCUCGGCGCUGCAGAGCGGCGCCGUGAUCGCGGCGCCGCGCGCCGGCAGCCCGGGCGCGCGGCCCGCCGCCGGCGACGGCGUCGCUAUGUCCACCGUCGACUACGCCAAGCAGCGCUUCCAGGACCCGCAGACGCGCUCGCGCGCCGCCCAGCGCCUGGAGGACUCGCGCUCGCUGGCGGUGCGCGGUGGCGCCACCGGCGCGCAGGUGACGGAGGCGCGCUCGCGCUACGACAACGGCCAGAUCAACAUCACCGACUCGCAGUGGCGCUCCGAGUGGCUGCCGGCCCGCUACGCCGUCGACCCGGACUCGGGCGUGCUGCUGCCGGCCGAGCCGUGGCGCCGCAAGCGCGCGCUGCUCAAGGCGGCGGCCGGCGACCAGCCGCGCACCGUUUCGCCGCUGCCGCACCCGCAGCUCACGGAGGAGCAGAAGCAGCACAUCCGCGACCGCACGCUCUCGCCGACGCCGUACAACGCGGCCGGCGUGGCCAUCCGGCCGUUUCUGACGCAGGGCUCGGUGGCCGAGCGGGUCUCGAUCUUCGAGAAGUGCCCGACCGAGUUGCGCCAGCGCGCCGGCACCGAGAUGCAGGACAAGCUCAAGCAGCCGGCCAUCGCGGCCUGGCGCGCUCAGAACGAGGUCAAGGACAAGGCGCAGACGUACGGCCGGGACAAGGAUGGCAGGAGCAGCACGGAGUCGCCCACCGCCUCGCCCAAGUCACCGCCGCGGCGGCCGGCCAACGCCCGCGCACAGAAGAACGCGCUCAUACCCAGUGGUCCAUUGAAGCGCUGCGUCAUGAGCGUUUGGGGCUCGAUCUCAUCCAAACACCGCGGCACCGGCCGCUCGGAGGCGCGGCCGCCGGCUUGUUCCACUUCCCGUCACGGCCGGCCCGAGAGCCGGGAGAAGCUGGAGGCGCAGCUGCAGAAGAUCGCGCAGGCCUUCUCCUCCUACCCGGGCGGGCAGGUGCCCAAAGACAAGUUUGCCGCCAUCGCCAAGGCGUGCGAGCUGCCGCUCUACUGGAAGGUGCCGCUGUUCCUGGCGGCCGGCGGCGAGAAGACCGGCCACGUCACCGCCACCGCCUUCCUCGACUUCUGGAAGAGGCUGCUGGCCACCUCACACGACCAGGGC